AUGCAGACGCCCCUUAAUAUCGCAGCUAGCAUAGGGAAUGACGCGCUGGUGGUAAUGUUGCUAGACCACGGGGCCGGAAUCAACGGAGUGGUGCAAGAAAACUGGGGACCUUCUCGUAUGCACACCCAGCCGGCUGUCGUGGAUGCUCUAUUAUCAGGGCAUGAGAGUACUGUUAGACUUCUUCUGGAGCGUGGGUCGGAUCUCCAAGGACCUCAUAUAGCGGCUGGCGGACUGGUCAGCUACGCGGUAGAUACGGGUCAUUUGGCGAUGCUCAAGCUUCUGGCUGAGUUCGGGGCAGAUAUGAACAUCCCAUAUGCUGGCGUGUAUCCUUUAUACAAGGCAGUGUGCUCGACGCAACUAUCGACUGAUAUAGUGCGAUUCCUGCUAGACUAUGGCGCAGAAAUAGCCCCUAUUGAUGAUGGUCAUGGGCGUCUUAUGAAAGAGGUGUUAAACCGUGGGACCAUCGAUACAGCCCGGUUGCUGCUAGAACGCGGAGCGGUAUAUCCCCCAGAUGAAUUCCGUUCGGCUAUCUACUUCGGCACGCUCGAUACUAUCCGCCUGCUGAUUGAAUACGGCAUGAAGCCUGAUAUCGAGUGGCUCAAUAUAGCUAUAAGAACGCAGCGGCUCAACGUGCUGCAGCUUCUCCUCGAGGGGGGUUUUGAUCUGAACACCAGAGACUCCGGAGGGUGUACAGUCCUGCAUUAUGCAGUAGGCCAGUGCGGCUUUGAAUGGCCUACUCAGAGAAUUGAACCACUGCCAUGCGGGCUUCCAUACUUUGGAUCCGGCCGACUUGUGCGCCAUAUAAACGUCAUCCCCCCGCAAAAUGUAUCAACCCCAUGCAACAAUCAUGACAACGAAAGGGACGACGCGAAAGACAUCCUGCGCUAUCUGAUCCACAUGGGGGCGGAUGUUAAUGCCAUGGAUGGGCAAGGUCGGACCCCGCUGUAUCUGGCCCGGAAAUACGCACCGGCUGUGGAGCAGAUACUGCUAGAUAAUGGUGCCAAUUCUGAGAGAAUGUUUCUAAAAGAGGAAGAGAGCGAUGAUGAUUGA